AUGUGGUUGAGCGAUAGUCAAAAAAUUGGUGUUGGGCUUACGGCAUUUGGCUUAUUUUUCAUGGCGAUGGGCGUCAUGAUGCUCUUUGACGGAGGAUUAAUGGCUAUUGGCAAUGUAUUGUUUUUGUGUGGUAUUACAGCGAUUAUUGGUCCAAGAAGUACAUUUGUGUUCUUCUCUAGAAAGGAGAAAUUAAGAGGCACCAUUUGCUUCUUGGGUGGCAUCCUUCUCGUGCUCAGUAAAUACCCAUUCUUUGGUUUCAUGGUGGAGAUUUUUGGAUUUUUGAAUCUAUUUGGGGAUUUCUUCCCAGUGGUAUUUGGAUUUUUGAAGAGAUUGCCAGUCAUUGGACCUAUUUUGAGCCAUCCAGCACUUCAAAGAUUUGUACCAAGAGAAAGUCGUACUCGAGUGUAA